AUGAUGAACUCCGCCGCAAAUAUGCGUGCUCUACGCGUACGGCCAUCGAUACCGCGCUGCCGCCCCUCACAUCGCCCGUUCCAGCACCCCAGAAGACAAGCCACGACGGCCACGGAAACCGCGACCAACGUUGGAUCGGCUGGUACCCGUACCAAGAACCUCGUAUACGGCACGCUCCUGACGCUCGGUGGUACUUUUGGCUACCUCUACGUCACCGAUACGCGCGCAAGUAUCCACGAAUGGCUUGUUGUGCCUGCGCUACGACAAAUAUACCCAGAUGGCGAGGAGGCGCAUCAUGCUGGAACACAUAUGCUCAAGGUGCUGCAUAGCUUUGGCCUGAAUCCUAGGGAACGCGGCGUGGCUGACUCCCAGGGUGAUCUGGCUGUCGAAGUCUUUGGACACACGCUGAACAACCCGAUUGGAACAUCUGCCGGCAUUGACAAGGGCGCCGAAAUACCGACACCGCUGUUCGAGCUCGGAGCAGGAGUGGUAGAGGUGGGAGCUGUCACGCUGCUGCCACAGGAGGGCAACCCCAAGCCCCGUGUCUUCAGGAUACCCAGCCAGAACGCCCUCAUCAACCGCUACGGCUUCAACUCGGAAGGCGCCGAGCUGGUCGCCUCACGGCUACGACAACGCGUCAGGGAAUUCGCAUACCACGCUGGCCUUGGACUAGGUGAAGACGCCGAACGCCAGGUCCUCGACGGUGAAGCUGGCGUUCCACCGGGCUCGCUGCUCAAGGGGCGUCUAAUGGCUGUGCAAGUUGCGAAGAACAAGACGACCUCCGAGAACGACAUCGAUGCUGUAGUACGCGACUAUGCCACCGCCGUGGGCCAUGUUGGCAAGUACGCCGACAUUCUAGUAGUCAACGUCUCCUCGCCCAACACACCUGGUCUUCGCACUCUCCAAAACGUCGAGCCCUUGACGCGGUUGCUCUCCGGAGUAGUAGGCGCCGUCAAGAAGAUCGACCGCAAGACAAAGCCUGUUGUUAUGGUCAAAGUCAGCCCCGAUGAGGACUCGGAAGAGCAGGUGUCAGGCAUCUGUGAGGCAGUCUGGGACUCCGGUGUGGAUGGUGUCAUCGUUGGCAACACCACGAAGAAGCGACCAGACCCACUGCCGAAGGGCUACCUACUUCCCCAAUCAGAAGCAAAGUUGCUUCUCGAACAGGGAGGCUACUCAGGUCCCCAGACUUUCGAGCGCACACUUUCGCUUGUCAGCAGGUACAGGAAAGCGCUCGACGAAGGCCCAAAGCACAUUGCACCACCGUCAGAAGCACACACCGACGAGCCAACCGCUGGCCAGAGCACAGACGACAAGCCCUCUACCGGGUCUUCCAAAACCAAGCCAACGCUCGAUCUCGACCAACCGUCUCCAACACAACUUUCUUCCAACGUCGACGAUCUUUCCGAAUCAGCACCUACAAUGACCCUUCACUCUACACCCAGGACUGCGCCAGCACCAAACGCACCACGCAAGAUUAUAUUCGCAACGGGCGGCAUCACAAAUGGUCGGCAGGCGAGAGAGAUCCUCGAUGCGGGAGCGAGUGUGGCACAGGUAUACACUGCUAUGAUCUAUGGCGGUGCAGGCAUAAUCAGCAAGAUCAAGCAGGAGAUGAGGGAUGAUGCAAAGGAGCAGAAGACGAUCACCAAGCGGUAG